AUGAAUCCAGACCAGAUGCCUGAAAGAGGAUUAGACCAGAGACAAUUGGAAAGGACAUUCUCCAACCUGUUCCUCUUCCUGGAGGCUGUGCUGCCACCUGCUCCAGGUUCCCAGUUUCAUGAGCUGUCAUACAUGCUAGAGAUCUCGGCAACCGCGUGGCAGGGGUAUCCCUCUCUUUCUACAGAAGGCCUGCUGGACAUCCACGACCUUCAUAUGAAACGACUGGAAUUACUUCACGCUAAGAAGGGUCAAGAGUUACCCACCCUUGACCAAGAUAAUGGUUAUGACAGCCUGGAGGAGAAGCACAGCCUUCUUCGGAUGGACCCACAACACUGCGCAGGUAUCUCAGCACAGGCGGUGUCCCCCCCUAGAGCCAGCCCCAAGCCCGGUGAGAAAAAAACAGACUUGUGGAUUCAAGAAUUUUCACGAAGCCCUCAGGGAAGCAAUCUGUCUUGUGAGUCACCUGUGGAAAAAGAAGGAGAAGAGGACCACACUAGUGUAGCUGAUUGCUCAGACAUAGAGGAUGACUCUCCUGUUUCUGCCAGACCAGUUUGUAGCAACAAACUGAUUGAUUGUAUUUUGGGAAGUGCCUCCACUGGCUUGGAAACCAGCGCUGAUUCAGAAAAUGGGGUUUGGGACGAGGAACCGGAGGGUAAUGGCUCCCUGUCCGAAUCAGACAAGGGACAAGACUCUGAAGGACUUUACCUUUGGAACUCUUUCUGCAGUGUAGAUCCUUACAACCCCCCAAAUUUUACAGCCACAGUUCAGACUGCCGACAGAAUUGUCCCUGGAGACGCGAGUGAUUCAGGGAAGUCCUUGUCUGGCAACUCCAAUGUAGGAGGUUCUCAGGCCGGACACCUUCUUGGGACCCCCGAGCAUAGCUCUGGGGAGGAAGAUGACUGGGAAUCCAAUGCAGAUGAAAAGGAGAAUCUUAGAUUGUGGAACUCUUUCUGCAAUUCUGAGGACCCCUACAACCUUUUAAAUUUUAAGGCUCCUUCUCAAACAUCGGGGAAAAACUGGGAAAGCUGUCAGGACUCAAAAGCAUCUCCUCAAGCUACGGAGACCUCUUCUGGGUGUCAUAACUUACUUUCUUAUAAGGUACAACUGUUAGAGAGCCAAGGCGAUAAUAGUUCAGACUAUGGGCUGGGUGAAGCUCUUUCUGGAGAAAAAUACACCCAUAUCAAAAGAAAAAAGUCUCUUUCUGGAGAAAAACACACCCAUAUCAAAAGAAAAAAGGUAACCUUCCUUGACGAAGUUACCGAAUAUUGUAUAAGUGGUGAUGAGGAUCGCAAAGGACCAUGGCAAAAAUUUGCAAGGGAACGAUACAGGUUCCAGGGACGGAUUCGAGCUACAGAAGAUGCCAUUGGCUACUGCUUGACAUUUGAGCACAGAGAAAGAAUGUUCAGUAGACCAGGAACAUGUUUGAAUGGACUUACUAUUGUUCAGCAAUGUUAA